AUGGAGUACAAUUGGAUAUUUUAGAUCUCAAGUAUUAUAUAUGAAAAUGAUCACUUUUAUAAUUUCUUUUAUUGGUUUUGCAUUUCCAAAUACUAUAAGACUCAUUUAAUAAUUCAGGAUUAUAAUUUUUUUGUUGGAUAUUUCUUGGUUUAGGAUUAAUUCAUGUAGCUGCUUUUAUAAUUUAUCAUAUUUAUGUUAUGGGAAUAUAUCUAUAUGAUUUUAAUAAAUCUUAUAAUUAAAAUGAUUUUAUUUCUACUUUUAAAUGCAUAGAUUUAAAAAAUUUAGCAUUAUGGUUCAAUUAAAUAUGUUUUAUUUUUGGAUUUUAUGGAAUAUGUUAUUUCGUAUUGAAUGAACCAAUUGUUGCAACAGAUGUUAAAAAAGGAGUGGCAUUUAUUAAUAAAUAAUUUAGAUGAAAGGUUUACUUGUAGUAUUGAUAGUUUUCUAUAUAUUGAUGAACAAAGCUUUGAUCUUAACCAAAAUUAAUCAAUUAAAUUCUUAAUAAUCUGAUGAUUAUUUUAAUGAUAUCUUAAACUUUAUCAUAGACUUGAUAAUUUUGAUGCUUACUAUUAUACUUCCUAUAGCUUUUAGUAUUAGUAAUAUGAUGAUAAGGAUUGCAUUAUUAAUUAAUAUAAUUGGUUUGCCAUAAGUAGCUAUUUAUUAUUAUAAUUUACUUUCUGAAUAACAUCAAAAUUUUAUAAUACCUUUGAUAAUUAUCAUUGUAUGGAUUUUUGUAAUUGGACCUAUUGGUAUUAUAGCUCCUAUAAUAAUGAGUAUUUAAUAAUUAUAACAAUUUUUAUCAUUAACAUUAGGGCCAUUUUUAAAUCAAUACUUUUAAAAAUGGAAGAAUAAGAAAUGA